GAUUAACCAAUCAAUUAAUUCUAGAGGGGAAAAGUUUAAGGUAAAAGCUUAUUGAAAAAAGAUAGAGAAAUUGGCUAAGUUUUGGUUUGCUGCAAUUCUUUUAAAAAUUUGUUGAAUUUCUUUCCCUCAAUUAAAUAAACAAAUUCAUUCAUCAUGAAGAUGUUAACUAAAUUCGAAUCCAAGUCCUCAAGGGCUAAGGGGGUUGCUUUCCAUCCUAAAAGACCUUGGGUUCUUGUUGCUUUACAUUCAUCCACCAUCCAAUUGUGGGAUUAUCGUAUGGGGACUUUGAUAGAUCGUUUUGAAGACCAUGAUGGCCCAGUUAGAUGCGUUGAUUUCCACCCCACUCAACCAUUAUUUGUUAGUGGUAGUGAUGAUUAUUCAAUCAAAGUUUGGUCUUUAAAUACUCGUAAAUGUAUCUUCACUUUGAAUGGACAUUUGGAUUAUCUUCGUACUGUUUCCUUCCAUCAUGAUUUACCUUGGAUUUUAUCUUGUUCUGAUGAUCAAACAAUUAGAAUUUGGAAUUGGCAAAACCGUCAAGAAAUUGCUUGUUUGACUGGUCAUAACCAUUAUGUUAUGUCUGCUCAAUUCCACCCAAGUGAUGACUUGAUUGUUUCUGCAUCAUUGGAUCAAACUGUUAGAGUUUGGGAUAUCUCUGGUUUAAGAAAAAAACAUUCAGCUCCAACUUCUUCUAUGAGAUCUUUUGAAGAACAAAUUCAAAGACAACAAUUACCUCAACAAGAUAUCUUUGGAAAUGUUAAUGCCAUUGUUAAAUAUGUUUUAGAAGGUCACGAUAAAGGUGUCAACUGGGCGGCUUUCCAUCCUACUUUACCUUUGAUUGUUUCUGCCGCUGAUGAUAGAUUAGUCAAAUUAUGGAGAAUGAGUGAUACUAAAGCCUGGGAAGUUGAUACUUGCAGAGGUCAUACUGGUAAUGUAUUGAGUGCGGUCUUCCAUCCUCAUCAAGAUUUAAUUUUAUCUGUUUCUGAUGAUAAAACUAUAAGAGUUUGGGAUUUAAAUAAAAGAACUCCAGUUAAACAAUUCAGACGUGAACAUGAUAGAUUCUGGUUGGUUGCUUCACACCCAACUAUCAAUUUAUUUGCUACUUGUCAUGAUUCUGGUGUCAUGGUUUUCAAAUUAGAAAGAGAAAGACCCGCCCAUACCAUUUUCCAAAAUAAAUUGUAUUACGUGAAUUCCGAAAAACAAGUCCAAACCCUCGACUUCAAUAGAGGUGAAAGCUCGUUACCAAUGUUGUCUUUGAAAAAAAUUGGUAAAACUUGGUCCUUUAUGAGAACUUUAUCUUAUAAUCAAUCUGAUAACUCAAUUCUUGUUACCCACGGUGAAGGUGAUAAUGGAAUGUAUGCUUUGAUUACCUUACCUAAACAUGUUACUGGUGCUAUUGAACCAACUGACAUCAGACAAGGUGAAAGUAAUUUUGCUUGUUUUAUUUCUCGUAAUAGAUUUGUAAGUUUCAUCAAAGCUUCAAAAUUAUUGCACGUUAAAGACUUGAGUAAUAAUGUCACUAAAACAAUUCAGUUGGAUUCUUCCGUAAAUGAUGUUUUAUAUGGUGGCCCUGGUCGUAUUUUAUUAGUGAAGUCUCAUUCUGUCAUUAAUUAUGAUGUUCAACAAAGAAAAGAAAUUUCUGAAAUCAAUGUUAAUAAUGUCAAGUAUGUUUCUUGGUCAAAUGAUGGUCAAUAUUUGGCCCUUUUAUCCAAGCAUACUAUUACAAUUGCUAACAAAGAUUUGGAAUUGGUCACUGCUAUGCACGAAACUAUUAGAAUUAAGAGUGCUGCAUGGGAUGAUUCAGGAGUUUUAUUGUACUCAACUUUGAACCAUAUUAAAUAUACUUUAUUAAAUGGUGAUAAUGGUAUAAUAAAAACCUUAGAAAAUACUUUAUAUAUCACCAAAGUUAUCCAAAGACAAGUUUUCUGUUUGAAUCGUGCAGGUGAAGUUGAAAUUGUUACUAUUGAUCCAACUGAAUAUAGAUUCAAGAAGGCUUUGGUAAAUAAAAAUUUUAAUGAAGUUUUGAGAAUUAUAAAGAAUUCAAACUUAGUUGGUCAAAAUAUAAUUGCCUACUUACAAAAGAAAGGUUAUCCUGAAGUUGCCUUACAAUUCGUUCAAGACCCUGAAACUAGAUUUGAUUUAGCUUUGGAGUGUGGUAACUUACAAGUUGCCUUAGAUCAAGCCAAAAUCUUGAAUAACAAUAGUAUCUGGGAAAAAUUAGCUGAAGAAGCGUUGAACCAAGGUAACCUUGAGAUUGUUGAAUUUGUUUACCAGCAGUUGUACUUAUUUGACAAAUUGUCUUUCCUUUAUUUAUAUAAAGGUGAUUCUGAUAAGUUGAGCAAGAUGGCCGCUAUUGCUGAACAUCGUGGUAAUUUAUCUUCUUUGGUUCAAAAUACCUUCUAUAAUAAUGAUAUCAAAAAGAGAUGCCAGGUUUACAUUCAAGGUGGUAUGUUACCAUUGGCCUAUACUCUUGCGAUAUCCAACGGCUUGAAUGAACUAGCCUUGGAAAUAUUACAAGAAGCCGGAGUUGAAGAAAAUGAUAUUCAAUUACCUGAAAUUGGAGAAGCCAUCUCAUUACCAGAACCAGUAGCAGAACCUCUUGGUAACUGGCCAUUAAAGGAGUCCUCAUUAUCCUUCUUUGAAACUGCUUUACUUACUGGUAAAGUUGAUGAAUCUGACGAACCAGAAACUAAAGAAGUGAACAAUUUAGAUUUCACCGAAGCUGUCAUCGAAGAAGACGACGGUGAAGAAGAUGGUGCUUGGGAUGAAGAUGACUUGGAUAUUGGUGAUGACGUACAAGCAUCUGUUGAAGACGUUGGUGUCACCAAACCAGAUGUUGCUGUCGCUGACGGUGAAAUAGCCCACUGGCUUCGUAAUAACAAAACUGCUGCUGGUUAUGUGGCAGCAGGAUCUUUCGAUCAAGCGGCUUCCUUGUUACAUAAACAAUUAGGUGUUGUUGAGUUCGAACCAUUACGUAAGAGAUUUUUAGAAGUUUAUCAAUCUUCUAAAUUGUACUUGCCUGGUAUUGAUGACUUACCUGCCAUGAAGGACUAUAUUCGUGCUGAUAACGAUGAAGACAAUCCAAACAAAUUCAAACCACAUAUCCCUGGAUUUGAUACUUUGGAACAAAAACUCAGUGCUGGUUUCAAACAAUUCAAACAAAACAAAUUAGAAGAAGCUAUUGAAAUAUUCAGAGAAAUAAUUUAUACUAUAACGGUUUUAUCCAUUGAAAAUGAUGAACAAGAAGCCAAGUGUGAAGAUGUCUUGAUCUUAUGUCGUGAAUAUGUCUUAGGUUUAUCGAUAGAAUUAGCUCGUCGUGCUUUAGAUCCAUCAGAUGUUAAACGUAACUUAGAGCUUGCCGCUUAUUUCACUAAAGUUAGACUUCAAAACCCACACAGACUUAAUGCUUUAAAUGUUGCCAUGUCUCAAUCUUUCAAGAACCAAAAUUUUUCAAGUGCUUCAUUUUUCGCUAGUGAAAUAUUGUCUAUUAAUCCAUCAGGUCCAAAAGCUGAGCAAGCCCAAAAGGUUAAAGCAAAAGCCGAAUCAAUAUCAAGUGAUGCUAUCGAAAUUGAUUUUGAUCCUUAUGCUGACUUUGAUAUCUGUGCAGCCUCAUUCACUCCAAUUUAUCAAUCAUCCCCUGUUGUUGCUGAAGCCUUGGUUGGUGCCAAAUACAAGCCUGAAUUCAAAGGUGAAAUUUGCAGAAUUACUGGUAUAACCCAAAUUGGGGUUCCUGCUUCUGGCUUACGUAUUAGAGCUUAGAAUAAAAACUGAUCCUACAGAAGUCUUCUAGACUUUUGUUGAUGUAUAGAAUCGAUUUCUUUAACUCUUCAUUUUCUUCAUUUUCUGGGAAUCCCCUCGUUUCCAUUCUUGUUUUUGUUAUUAUAUAUUGAUUUUACG